GCACGGGGCGCCGCGAAACAUGGCGUGGGUGCUCAAGAUGGAUGAGGUGAUCGAGUCCGGGCUCGUGCACGACUUCGACGCCAGCCUCUCGGGCAUCGGGCAGGAGCUGGGAGCUGGGGCCUACAGCAUGAGUGAUGUUUUGGCACUGCCUAUUUUCAAACAGGAAGAUUCCAGCCUUCCACCAGAAGAUGAGCCUAAACAUCCACCCUUUCAGUAUGUGAUGUGCGCUGCAACAUCUCCAGCAGUAAAAUUACAUGAUGAAACUCUUACAUACUUGAACCAAGGGCAGUCCUAUGAAAUACGGAUGCUAGAUAACCGGAAAGCGGGAGACAUACCGGAGAUCAAUGGAAAACUGGUGAAGAGUAUUAUAAGAGUUGUGUUCCAUGACAGAAGGUUGCAAUAUACAGAGCACCAGCAACUAGAAGGUUGGAAGUGGAACCGCCCUGGGGACAGGCUUCUUGACUUAGAUAUUCCAAUGUCUGUUGGUGUCAUUGAUAUCAAGACAAAUCCAAGCCAGCUCAAUGCAGUUGAAUUUUUGUGGGAUCCAACAAAAUGUACAUCUGCUUUUAUUCAGGUACAUUGUAUCAGCACUGAAUUUACCCCUCGUAAACAUGGGGGAGAGAAAGGAGUUCCAUUUCGGAUUCAAGUUGACACUUUUAAGCAGACUGAAAAUGGAGACUAUACAGAUCAUCUGCAUUCAGCCAGCUGUCAAAUCAAAGUUUUUAAGCCAAAAGGAGCAGACAGGAAACAGAAGACGGACAGAGAAAAGAUGGAAAAAAGAACUGCACAUGAAAAAGAAAAGUAUCAGCCUUCAUAUGACACCACAGUUCUCACAGAGAUGAGGCUUGAGCCUAUAAUUGAAGAUGCAGUUGAACAUGAGCAGAAAAAGUCCAGCAAGCGGACUUUGCCAGCAGACUACGGUGAUUCUCUGGCAAAGCGAGGCAGUUGCUCACCAUGGCCUGAUACUCCUACAACUUUUGUAAACAACAGUCCUACUCCUGCUCCAACUUUUACCUCUGCCAGUACCUACAGUGUCCCAGACAGCAAUUCUUCCUCCCCAAAUCAUCAAGGAGAUGGGAUCUCUCAAGGGUCUGGAGAUCAACUUCAUCCUUCAGCCACAAUCCAGGAAACUCAGCAAUGGUUGCUCAAACAUAGGUUUUCCACCUAUACAAGGCUUUUUUCAAAUUUCUCAGGUGCUGAUUUACUGAAGCUGACGAGAGAAGACCUGGUGCAGAUCUGUGGUCCGGCCGAUGGCAUUCGGCUCUACAACGCGCUCAAGUCCAGGUCUGUUAGACCUCGUUUAACAAUCUACGUCUGUCAGGAGCCAUCAAGGAGCCUUCAACUGGAAAGCCAAGACGCGGGCAACGGUGACAGCAGCAACGGUGCAAUAUAUGUAUAUCAUGCGAUCUACUUGGAAGAAAUGGCAGCCUCGGAAGUCACGCGCAAGCUUGCUCUGGCGUUUAAUAUUCCUCUGCAUCAGAUUAACCAGGUUUACAGACAGGGUCCCACUGGUAUCCACAUUCUUGUUAGCGACCAGAUGGUUCAGAACUUUCAAGAUGAGAGUUGUUUCCUGUUCACCACAAUAAAAGCUGAAAACGAAGGUUUCCAUAUAAUUUUGAAAUGAUGUCACACGUGCUAGACUGGUAUUUCAGUGCAGAAUGAAGUCCUGCCUAAAGACUAUGAAGAUCAUCCAGAAACUGAGGAUCUAACUUCACCGUAUAAGAUGUUUCAUAUUGAAAACACAAGAUGACCUUUCUAACGCGCUGUUGAUAGUUGAGCUUUGUAACCAC